UGGUGCAUAAUCGAGAGCUGGUCACACUGCGCUGCGUGUUAUGCAAAAGGCGUCCAGAAAUUUUGGAUUGGCAAACCUUUUCUCCUUUAAACAAUAUUAACAAAGCCAGCCAACAUGGCGACGGCCGUGCCGCAUGUGCCCCCAAAGCAGGACCUGCCACCACCCGGUGGCUACAAGAAGAUUCCCUUUGCCCGUGUGCCUCCCAAGAGUUAUUUCACAGGCUUUGGCAUGAUUGGAGCCUAUGUGGCAAUUACUGCUGCUGGUCUGGGCGUCUAUUAUCUCACAGCUAAGAAAAUAAAACGCGACGAAAUUGAAAUGCGUUCCGCACAGAAUGUGAUCUUCCCCAUCUUAAUUGCUGAGCGUGAUCGUGAAUUUCUACGCCAACUGCGUCGCAAUCGUGAUGAGGAAGCUGAGCUCAUGAAGAACGUGCCCGGCUGGGAGGUGGGCACCUGGUACGGCGAGCCCGUGUACAAGACUUUGCCCGAGGAUACGCUAGUCACGCCUAUUUUCAAGGAGUUCUAUGCCCACUCAGACUACAAAUCGUAUGCUAAGCGUGCCAAUCUGAAGCUCUGGUCAUAAAAGUUUUGGCUUUGAAUUAGUUAAUGCAUAAUUGUGAAAACCUAAUUUUUUGUUUGUAGAUUUGCCUAAGCGCUCAUUUUAAAUGAAUAACAGCAUCGGUUGAAAUGAGAAAGAAAUAGAAA